GUUAAAGGCGCCGCGUCGGGCGGGCGGAGCGGCGCGGCCAUGGCGUACCAGGGCUUCGCGCAGGAGUACCUGGGCAUGCCGGCCGUGACCCGCGCCUACACCACCGCCUGCGUGCUCACCACCGCCGCCGUGCAGCUGGAGUUCAUCACCCCCUUCCAGCUGUACUUCAACCCCGACCUCAUCUUCAGGAAGUUCCAGAUAUGGAGGCUGAUCACCAACUUCCUCUUUUUUGGGCCCCUGGGAUUCAGUUUCUUUUUCAACAUGAUAUUUCUGUACAGGUACUGCCGCAUGCUGGAAGAAGGCUCCUUCCGUGGAAGGACGGCUGACUUUGUCUUCAUGUUCCUCUUUGGAGGGUUUCUCAUGACACUGUUUGGACUCUUUGCCAGCCUGUUUUUCCUGGGCCAGGCUUUCACCAUCAUGCUGGUGUACGUGUGGAGUCGCAGGAACCCUUAUAUCCGCAUGAACUUUUUUGGGCUUCUUAACUUCCAAGCCCCCUUCCUGCCCUGGGUCCUGAUGGGAUUCUCUCUGCUCCUGGGCAACUCCAUCAUCAUCGACCUGCUGGGGAUUGCAGUGGGUCAUAUCUAUUAUUUCUUGGAAGAUGUUUUCCCCAAUCAGCCUGGAGGAAAGAAGUUGCUGUUAACCCCCAGCUUUCUGAAGAUGGUUUUUGACACACCUGAAGAGGAUCCCAAUUACAACCCUCUCCCUGAGGAUCGGCCAGAACACCAGCCUAGAGACCAAGACCAGAACGAGCAGCAGCUUCCACAGUAGCAUGGGGAACUUCUUCAUGUGGCCAGACUCCUCCCUUCUGGCUGGACUUUGGCUGAGGCCCAGAGAUCCUACUGGAAUAACACCAGUUGCCAUUCCGAUGUGUAGUGUGUCACUGUUUGUGCGGGUAACCCAUCUUCCCCCUGUACCAAGUGGAUCCACAGAGCUUUGCACACAAGAACUCCUGAAUGCUUACAGAGGUGUUCUAGGGACAGGGCUGAAGCUGUGAUGGCUCCUCAGCUCCCUGGUGUGGAAUAACUAUCAAAUGGGUGUUAAACCAGUUCCUCCUUCUGCUGUCGAUGACUUGCUGGGUGCCAGGUCACUCUUGCCCUCUGUACAAAGGUGCACCUGGCCCUCACUCUUGUGAGACCUCUUUGUGGGCUUGCAAUGAAGUAGUUCUGUACCAUGGUAGAACGCAGCUCAGCCUCUUUCUUUCCUUUAUGUCUCCCACUCCUUUUCUGGUGGUUGUUUCCAAAGAGUCUUUACAUUAAAGUCUUUAUUUUUCA